AUGGCAUCCGAUGAGCAGCAGGUCCCCCCGAAUCGCAGUGUGAAGCGAGCAUCUUCCAUCACCGCGGCAUCGGAAUCGUCCCAAACGGCGCGAGAGUACAUCGCAUCGCAACUCUCCCUCGAAGCAGAGGCCAAAGAAGCCCUUCCCUACCAAUUCGACACGUGCACCCACCCUCUGGGUCCCCUCCGACAAACCGUCUAUGCCUGUCUGACUUGCUCUCCUCCCCCUGCCUCCAUCCACCAACAAUCCACCCCCGCCGGCGUGUGCUACAGCUGUAGUAUCAGCUGUCACGGCGAACACAACCUCGUCGAACUCUUCGCCAAGCGCAACUUUGUCUGCGACUGUGGUACGACCAGACUCGCCAACACGGGGACUCCAUGUAGUCUGCGCAUCAACUCGAGUACGGGAAGAAAGGGCCAUGUCACGGGAGAGGAGGCACAUGCGGGGAACAAAUACAACCACAACUAUGCCGGCAAGUUCUGUGGAUGCGGCGAGGAAUACGAUCCCGAGCUGGAGAAGGGAACCAUGUUUCAAUGUUUGGGGUUGGGGAGUGUUGAAGAUGGUGGGUGUGGCGAAGAUUGGUGGCAUCCCGAGUGCUUGAUGGGAAGGGAGAGGGUGAAGCAGGAGCCAAAGAAGGAAGGCAGGGUGGAAGACGAUGGUCAGCUUGAGACGGUCAAGGAAGAGGCCGAGGAUGGCGAAGAUGCGCCUGCGCCGAAUGGCGUCGAUGGAGAGCAUGCGGAAGUCGACGAUGCUCCACUCCCACCCGGCUUCCCUGCUGAAGAUGACUUUGACCAUCUCAUCUGCUACAAGUGUGUCAGUGCGAACCCUUGGAUCAAGCAGUAUGCGGGCACAAAUGGCUUCCUACCGGCCGUCGCCGCUGAUGGAUCUGCGCCAACGACGAAUUCCCACGCCGCUGAUGGAUCUGCGCCAACGACCAAUGGCCACACCGCGAACGGACAUGCUACGAACGGUGCAACGGAAGCACCCACGGGAACGGGAACAGCAGACAGCAAGAAACGAAAGGCAGACGAUGACCAAGAAGUCGUCCAGGAUUCCCUUAAGAAAGUAAAGUCCGAAGACGACAUCCAGGCAUCAGAGCCAACAGCCACAGCUGCCACUACGGAAUCACCCAGACACGCCUCUCUCCCACUCGCAUCAGCAGGUCCCAUAACCCUCUUCCUCCAAGAAGACUUUCGCGACCACCUCUGCCGCUGUCCCACCUGCUUCCCCCGCCUGGCUCGUCACCCUCAACUCCUCGAAGAAGAAGACACCUACGAGCCUCCUGUCUCCGAAGAUGGAGAGAAUGCUGAUGGCGCUCGCAGUGUCGGAUCUGGCUCGUUGCUCGAUCGCGGCGAGGCUGCAUUGUCUUCCAUGGAUCGCGUGAGGGCUAUUGAGGGCGCUAUGGCUUACAAUCAUCUCAAGGAUAAGCUCAAGCCAUUCCUCCAGCAGUACGCCGAUAGUGGAGAGGCUGUAGGUGCAGAACACAUCAACGCGUUCUUCGCCAAAUUGAGAGGUGAUGAGCAAGCUAUUCGGGAGGCUGCUGCGGGUGCUAAUCAGGCUUGA